AUGACUGACUCAACUAUUACUUGGAGCGACCCUGCAAAUGGACAUGCUAGUAGUGCUUCAAAUGGGCAUACUGUCAAUAACGAUGUUCCUUCAACCAACGGCAAUCAUGCCAUGAAUGGGCAUAACGCCACCAACGGCCAUGCUACAGCCGCCUCAACAGCUACUGGGAGCCCACCCGAGCCCAUUGCCAUUUGCGGUAUGGCAUGCCGUCUUCCAAGUAGCAUAAAGACGCCACAAAAACUCUGGGAAUUCCUACUCGCCGGAGGCGACGCACGCAGCAAAGUCCCGGAAUCCAGAUACAACAUCGAAGCUUUCUAUGACCCCAGCGGAAAGCCCGGUACAACAAAGACACAACAUGGCUAUUUCCUCGACGGAGAUCUUGCUAAUUUGGACACCGCAUUCUUUUCUAUGCCGCGAAAGGAGGUUGAACGUAUUGAUCCUCAACAGCGUCUAAUGCUAGAAGUAGCACGGGAAUGUUUUGAAGAUGGCGGAGAGAUCGGUCGGAGAGGGAAGAAAAUUGGAUGCUAUGUGGGCAACUUGGGCGACGACUGGCUUGAGAUGCUUGCACAAGAUACCCAGAACUUCGGCAUUUACCGACUUUCUGGAUAUGGUGACUUUGCGCUCUCUAAUCGCAUCUCCUAUGAAAUGAACCUUCAGGUUGGUGGUACUAACAUCAUCCUGAGACCCAGCUGUACCACUAUGAUGUCUGAGCAGGGCGUUUUGUCCUCUGACGGCUCCUGUAAGACCUUCUCAGCUGCUGCUAAUGGAUAUGCCCGUGGCGAAGCCGUAGUCGGAGUAUUUGUGAAGCCGCUUGAACAUGCAAUUCGGGAUGGAAACUCGAUUCAGGCUGAGACUAUGAUACGCAGAGCAUACGAAGUGGCGGGUCUCACUCCAUCGGAUACUGGGUACGUUGAGUGCCACGGAACUGGUACAUCAGUAGGUGACCCUAUCGAAACUAUGGCCGUGGCCCGCGUUUUUGGUGAAGUGGGGGUAACCAUCGGGUCUACUAAGCCGAAUUUCGGCCACACAGAGGGUGCGUCAGGAAUCCUCUCAGUUCUCAAGACUGUUCUUGCGCUCGAGAACAAGACAAUUCCUCCCAGCAUCAAGUAUUCCCCAAGAAAUCUGAGCAUCCCGUGGGAGACAGGGAAGCUCAAACUUGCUGAAAGACCACUAUCUUGGCCCGAAGGACGCGUAGAGCGAGCUAGUAUGAACUCAUUUGGUCUAGGAGGAAGCAAUGCUCAUGUCAUCAUUGACUCCGCAGCGAGCUGUAAAAUUCCUGCUCCACCCCCGGUCGAGGAGGACGUUGCCAAACUUCUCCUCUUCUCCGCAAACACCCAAAAGUCGCUCACAAUACUUAUCGAUGAUUACAAAACCUUCACUGAGGAGACUGCCCUGCAUGUCGGAGACAUCGCAUACACGCUUGCUCGUGGCAGAGAGCAUCUUCCAUAUCGUGCAUUUGCACUCGCCAAUGGAAGAUUGGUAGGGAUUGUUUCUCCUAUCACUAAAUCUAGGCCGCAGAAACCUAAGAUUGCCAUGGUUUUCACCGGCCAAGGCGCCCAAUGGCCUCAGGUGGGCCGCGACUUGAUAAAAUCCAACUCAAUCUUCCAGUCUAGCAUUCGCUCCCUUGACAAGUAUUUAGAGAAAACACUAGGAGAAGAAGCUCCAAGUUGGAGUAUAGAGGAAGAGCUUCUUAAGCCAGGAAAAAAGAGCCGUGUCAGCCUGGCAGAAUUUCCCCAGCUGCUAUGCACUGCCAUUCAGAUUGCCCUUGUCGACACUUUACGGUCAAUAGGGGUUGAGGCGGACGCUGUUGUUGGUCAUUCCAGCGGUGAAAUUGCAGGUGCUUACGCUGCAGGAGUCUUAACUGCAACGGAGGCUAUCGUAGUUGCUUUUUAUCGUGGUAUUGCGGCCAAUCAGCAAAAAAGACCCGGUGCCAUGGCUGCACUCGGAAUGGGUAUCGCAGAAACUGCAAAGUUCUUGGUUCCCAAUACAGGUAUUGCAUGUAAUAAUUCCCCACGAAGCGUCACCAUCUCUGGCGAUGCUGAUAAGAUUGAGGAGGUUAUUGCCGCUGUACGCGCCGCCCACCCCAAUACCCAGGCGAGAAAGCUCCAGGUAGAAAAAUCUUACCAUUCCUAUCACAUGGCUGAAAUUAGUGAUAUCUACAGUUCUUCAAUUGAGCAUAAAGUGGUCGAGAAAAGUCCCAGGAAGCUAUUCUUCUCCACUGUCGAGAACAAACUACUUGACAGCUCCAAAAAUCUCAGCUCUCGUCACUGGCAAAAUAAUUUGGAAUAUCCUGUACUAUUCAACGGAGCUGUUUCAGGCCUCCUUCGCCACUUCUCUGGUCAGGACGUUCUCCUUCUAGAAAUUGGUCCUCACUCCGCAUUGGCUGGCCCAUUGACACAGAUCAUGGCGGAGACACCCAACAGCGCCAGAUACAUUCCGACACUUGUUCGAAAUCAGAACUCUGUAGAGAGCUUCCUCACAGCUGUUGGCAAACUCUUCACCUUCCAGAUCCCAAUCGAUUUCAAGGCACUCUUCCCUAACUGCAGCUGCUUGUCUGAUUUGCCUCGAUACCCUUUCAAUCAUGGCGAAAGUAGCCAUUGGUUUGAGUCCCGCCUUAGCAAGGACUUCCGACAGAGGAAGCAUCCUCACCACGAUAUUCUGGGUGUCAAAGUAGUGGAAAGUACCGAUCUUGAACCGGCGUGGAGAAAUUUGUUCAGCUGGUACGAGUUCAGUGUCUCGGCAUACAACGGCCAUCAGUGGACCAAGCAUUGCAGUGGAGAAGUUAGGGCGGAAGGUGGAGCUCUACCUACUAGUACUACCACUAAGCACUUUCCUCGUAUCGUUGGCUGGGAGAAAUGGUUUAAUGGUGUGUGUUGCGAGGGUCUGGAUCUUGGCUACGAUUUUCAGAAUGUAGAUGGCAUUACCGCUUCCACGACGACUCACGAGUCAAGGGGAACUGUAUCUAGCAAGAAGCACACGGCGAACCCACUUUCUAAGUACCACAUACACCCAGCUGUUCUUGACAGUGCUCUGCAGCUGCUUUCUGUUGCUUCCUCAAACGGCCUCACCCGGAAGCACAAGAACUUUCUCCCAAUUUUCUGUGAUCAGCUCCUUGUUGCCCGCACGACCAAGGACUUCGUCAUGAAUGUCGGUAUCAGCAACAUGGGCAAUGGAUCUACUUCCUCAAGGGUUGGCGAGGGCGAGGGUGUUGUAAACGGAAAAGUUGUUCUCAAGUUCGAAGGUCUAAAAAUCACCCCUGCAAGCAUCACUGACGAUUCGUUGAAAGUUGUCGACCCUCAUGCUGCAUCUCGUCUUACUUGGAGAGCUGAUCUCGACUUUGUCGACCUGAAUACUCUUUUCCAAACUUGCCCUAGUCGCCAUCAACAUGCUCAUAUUCUCGAGGAGCUUGGCAAGCUGUCUGUUCUCAAGGUGCACAAGCAACUUGCCAAUGCGGAUGCUCAAAGGCCUCAUCUGAAGAGGUACUCCCGGUGGACCGAUGCCCAAGCCAAUUCAUUAGGGACUUUAUCUUGUGACGAUGAAGCGUUGCCCCGAAAGAUUCAGGAGCUUGCGGCAGUGUUUCGUCUUGGGAGUCACUUGUUCCUGCUGACACUCUUUUUUGAGACAUUGGGACACUUUAAGCCAAACCUCCGAGUGCUGGAAAUCAGUAACUGGGCAAGGUCACCAUCAGCUACAGUCCUCGAAUCGCUUACGCUUUCAAACGGUCGUAACCUGUGGUCACAGUACACUUUCGCCUCCAAGAACUUGGUUGCAAUCGAAGAGCGUCUUACCGGCUAUGUGAACCUAGAGUAUGUUACGCUCGACAUUAGCGAAGACCCGGCCCACCAGGGGUUCGAUGGUCGUCAAUACGAUAUUAUAAUCGCCAACAAUGCUCUUCAUACAACACCCAGCCUCGUGCAAUCUCUGCGAAAUAUCAAGAAGUUCCUCACUCCUUCCGGCUAUCUGUUCCUACAAGAACUCAAUCCUGCAUCCAGAUGGAUCAACACUAUUCUUGGAACCAUGCCAGCUUGGUGGCGUGGUGUUGCGGACAACCGACUUGAUGAGCCUGCUCCAGACGCCCUUGUCUUCGACUCUGAAGAGGCCUCUCGGAUUAACAUUGUCGUAGUUGCACGUCCUUGCAAGACGGCUCCCACCGAGGUUUUGAGAACUAUCAGCCUACUUGUCAGGGACAAGACUAAAACUUAUGAAGCAGUGGAGAGAACUCUCCAUGAGCAAGGUUAUGAAGUAACCAAGAUCACGCUCAAGGACGUUCCGCAGCCUAACAUUGAUGUUAUAUCCAUCAUUGAUCUCGGCGGUCCAUUCUUUGCGAAUAUCGCUGAUGAGCCGUACAAUGACUUUCAGAAGUUUGUGGCCAACUUGCGGAACUCUGGUGUCUUUUGGGUCACCAGGCCCUGCCACAUUCGUGUUCAGAACCCAAGCUAUGCACAGGUUAUCGGCCUUGCUCGUGUCAUUCGAUCCGAACUCUUGAUUGAUUUUGCAACUUGCGAAAUCGAUGAUGUUGAUACCGCAUUUUCGCUCGUUGGCAAAGCAUUCGAGAAGUUCCGCACUUGCGAUAACGAGGACAGUCUCAGUCCCGACUUCGAGUAUGCUAUCGAGGGGGGUGUGAUCAAUAUCGGCCGCUACUUUCCCUUUGUUAUGAUGGAUGGCUUUAUCCAGGAAACCGAGGGUGAGCGCAUGAAAGUUGACAUUGGAACUCCAGGACGGUUGAACACUCUCCACUGGAUUCGCCAACCCGAACCCACUGUCCUUAAGGACCACGAACUUGAGAUAGAAAUGCACGCCGUUGGGGUUAACUUCAAAGAUGUCUUGGUCGGAAUGAAUCUUAUUGACUAUGCUGGACGUUACCAUGGGCUUGAAGGCGCUGGUGUUGUUCGCCGUGUCGGUCCCAAAGUAAAGCUUUUCAAGCAAGGAGACCGUGUUACUGCUAUGGAGCACAACAUUUUGUCAACAUUAUUGAUAACCAAUGAGAUUAUGUGCGUCAAAAUUCCAGAAUCUCUCAGUUUUAUCGACGCCGCGACUAUGUUCACGGUCUAUGCCACCGUGCAGCAGUCUCUCAUCACAAUUGGUCAGCUUAAAAAGGGUCAGUCGCUCCUCAUCCACUCUGCAUGUGGUGGAGUCGGUCUUGCCGCUAUUCAGAUCGCCCAAAUGAUCGGUGCCGAAAUCUAUGCGACCGUUGGAUCUGAACAGAAGGCGCAGUAUCUCGUUAAGAACUGUAAUAUUCCUAGAAACAGAGUUUUUAAUUCCCGUGAUAACUCUUUCGUCGAAGGGGUGUACCGCGAGACUAACGAUAUUGAUGCAUUCUAUAAUAUUACCCUGUCUCAUUUCAAAGAAAUGAUGACUGAGACGCUUGAUUAUCUUGAGAAAGGCAUGAUUAAGCCCAUCACUAUUGCCAAGGAAUUUGACGCUUCCUCAGUCGCCGAGGCUUUCAAGUACCUGCUGCCAGGCACUCAUAUUGGCCGUGUCGGUAUUCGCAUCCGCGAUGUCGAUGGCCGACUAACCUUGGGUGAUGAGGUUUCUAACCCUCCUCAAAAGCUUCAGCUCGACCCGGAAGGUUCUUACCUCUUGGUUGGUGGCCUUGGGGGUCUAGGUCGCGCAAUCUCUAUCUAUAUGGUAGAACAUGGUGCUCGCAACCUCAUAUAUCUCAGUCGUCAUGCUGGUAAAAGCGACAACGAUCAAGCCUUUAUCGGCGAGCUUAAGAGCAUGGAUGCUGAUGUUGUCACUGUCUGUGGGGACAUCAAUGAGUUAGACGAUGUCUCUCGUGCCGUCGCUGAAGCCCGUACUCCUCUCAAAGGUGUCCUCCAAUUAAGCGCCGUCCAAGCCGAUGAGAAUUUUGCUAGGCUAACAAAGGAGCAAUGGGACUACAGCUUAGGCCCAAAGGUUACGGGAACUUGGAACCUUCAUCACGCGACUGUUGGUAUCAAGCUUGAUUUCUUCCUUCUGUUUAGCUCCAUGUCCUGUGUCAUUGGUCUUUCAGGCCAAGCCAACUACGCAUCUGGAAACAGCUUCCUCGACGCCUUUGUUCAGUACCGGAACAAUCUUGGUCUCGCCUGCUCCUCUGUUGACAUCGGUCCCGUUGCCGAUGUCGGUUUCCUUUCCGAUAACACUUCGCUUCUCCAAACAGCCACCCUCACAGGUUUUAAGACGCUGGCCGAACAGGAAAUGUUAGACUCAAUUGCUUUAUCAAUGAUGGCCAAGAUUCCUGAUAGCUCUAAAUACACCUCAACAUUUUUUGACCCCAAUGUCUUUGUUUUGGGUCUUGAAUCUACCAUCCCAUUUAACAGCCCCGCCAACCGCGCAGUUUGGAAGAAGGACCGCCGCAUGGCGAUCUACCACAAUGACAGCGGACAUACUGUUGAAGUAGUCGCAUCAUCUGACCAGCUCAAGAAUUACAUUGCGAACGCUCGUGCUGAUCCUACGGUCCUGAAAACCCCCGAAGCGGCAAUCUACUUCGCGAAGGAGAUUGGCAAACGCUUGUUUGGUCUCCUGCUCAAGGAUGAUAGAGACUUGAACGCCAGUUUGGCACUCGCGGAUUUGGGACUUGAUUCCCUGGUCGCUAUUGAAUUGCGAGCAUGGUGGAAACAGGCAUUUGGGUUUGGUAUUUCGGUGUUGGAGAUGCUGGGGAUGGGCAAUCUGGAGGCGCUUGGGGGACAUGUGUCUGAAAGGUUAUCACAGAUUAUUGCGGAAGACAGCAAGAAGGAUUGA